GAAAUCCCUCAAGUUCACACUUUCUUUUCUAUCUAGAUUCUUCUAGUCUUCCUUCCUAGACUCAGAUCUCCUCGAGGCACCCGAGUAGUAGCUCGCUGGAUUCACUAUUCAGUUACCCCUCUCUGUCAUCAGCAUUGGAAUUUCGUAGUGAUUCACCAAUUCCCUUGAAGACUAGUGUUGCAGGUAAUUUCAUUUUGAUCCAUUUGAACCUUCGUUCCACACAGCCUCCUCCCGCUCUGUCUUUCUGCCGAACUCGAAUAUCAACUCCAGAACUACUAUAAAGACAAGCAAUUCGUUCGUUUGCCUCAUAAUCUCUGCAAAUAUUGCAACGUUCGUGACUCCCCAUAGAUAGUUCUUGGGUUUAAUAUUACAAUGCGUUUCAUUUCUACAACCGCGCCUGCGUUAGCAUCUCUAUGCCUAACUACGUUGGCUGCACCCCAUGGUCCUCAGCCUGAAAAAAGACAAACCUCUAGCCUCUCAGCAAAUUCUGCCGCAGUUUCUGCUGCAGAUCGACAAGCUGCUGUCAAAGAGGCAUUCUCGUUUGCGUGGAACGGAUAUUACCAACACGCCUUCCCUCAUGACGAGCUUCAUCCAAUUGCCAAUAGUUUCUCGGAUUCCAGAAAUGGAUGGGGAGCCUCUGCUGUCGAUGCCUUCAGCACGGCAAUUAUCAUGGAGAUUCCGGAAAUUGUAGACGUGAUUUUAAAUUGGGUCCCAACCAUCGAUUUUGACGAAACUGAUUCCCAAGUUUCACUGUUUGAGACUACUAUCAGAUAUGUUGGUGGACUACUUGCUGGUUACGAUCUCCUCAAGGGUCCUUUUUCAAACCUCAAUACUAAUGACGCGGCCGUCGACGAGGUUCUUGCUCAAGCAGCACGUUUAGCUGACAAUAUGGCAUUUGCAUUUGAUACACCUUCGGGGGUACCAGCUAAUAAUCUUAUUUUCAAUCCUCGAGGAACUGAUGGUUCUACCACAAACGGAAUUGCAACAAUUGGCUCACUAGUUCUUGAGUGGACCCAUUUGUCUGAUUUGACCGGUAACGACACUUAUGCUAAACUCUCACAAAAGGGAGAAUCGUAUCUUUUGGACCCAAAGCCCGAGUAUAAUUCGCCAUGGCCUGGUUUGCUUGGUACAAAUGUAGAUAUCAACACAGGACUUUUCCAAGAUGCAAGCGGAGGUUGGAAUGGUGGCGAUGACAGUUUUUACGAGUAUCUCAUCAAGAUGUACGUGUAUGACUCAACUAGAUUCGGCAAGUACAAAGAAAGAUGGAUCGCCGCUGCAGAUUCAUCCAUAAAGCAUCUGGCUAGUCACCCCUCAACUCGUCCAGAUUUAACCUUUAUGGCCGCUUACCAAAACAAAACACGUAUUUUUGUUUCCGAGCAUCUCGCUUGUUUUGACGGAGGCAAUUUCCUCCUUGCAGGUCUCGUGCUCAAGGAGCAAAAGUACAUUGAUUUCGGACUCGAGUUGGUCAACGGCUGUGAAGACACAUACGCCAGCACACUCACCGGUAUCGGACCCGAAGUUUUCCAAUGGGUAGAGAGCAACACUUCUGCCAACGAUACCCACAAUCCUCCUCCACCUGCCGAUCAACUCGCCUUCUAUGAGAAGGCCGGUUUCUAUAUCACCAAUUCAGAUUAUAUUCUGAGACCCGAAGUCCUUGAAUCUUUUUACUACGCUUAUCGUGUAACUGGAGAUGAGAAGUAUCGUGAGUGGAGUUGGAAUGGAUUUGUUGCUAUUAACGCAACGGCGAGAACCGGUAGUGGAUUCGCCGAACUCCAAAAUGUCAAUGCGGCGAAUGGAGGUGGUUUCAAUGAUUUCCAGGAUAGUUUCUUGUUUGCGGAGGUUUUGAAAUAUGCAUAUAUGAUCCACGGAGAUGACGAAGAAUACCAAGUCGGAAGCGGCGGUGUCAACCAAUGGGUUUUCAACACCGAAGCUCAUCCAUUCAAGGUCGCUGGUCCUCCCAUCUAAUCAACUAGUUGAAAUUUUGAUACGGGAUUCGGUUUCGGAGUUUACACGGGAUGGGUUACAGAAGAAUUUCUCUUCUUUGGGCAUUCAAUUCUAGGCAAGCUAGCAAUCUAGCUCCUUUUUUGGUUAUGAGCUAUCAAGCCAUGCCAUUUUCUACAUUUAGCUUUUAGUUCAUCAGCUGAAUGUGCUUUUUUUUUGUUAACUUUUUAAUUCAAUAAGAGGAUUUAGAUGAACUUUUCCAAAUCCCUUGACUUGUUUUUUUUCUCUUGAAAGAGGGCAAGCUUUUUAAUUCUUUUGCAUUUGCAUAUAUACAUAUAUACUAUCUACCCACCCCAAGAAUCAAACUACAAAAUACAAUAAUCCCGAACUCUUGCAUACAUGUCUGAUCUCAUAAACCCUUCCAACAAAUACCGCAAGUUCAUAUUCUCUGCUCCAAACUUCGACUCAACAUGCUUAUUAGACAACAAGAACUGAGCAACACCUCGGGAAUUGUAGAAAGGACAGUAAUUAUACAAACAUCUAUCUCA